CGAGGCUGGGAAGAAUAAGGGAGGAUAUAAAGAUCCACCGCCAUGAGUCGGACAACCUUCUUUGAGGUGAAGGUCCUGGAUGCUAAAACCAAAGAGCAGCUUUGUUUUUUAGAUAAGGUGGAGCCCUGCUCAACAAUAGCAGACAUCAAGAGCCUUUUUCAUAAAUCAUAUCCUCACUGGUAUCCAGCAAGACAAGCCCUGAAACUUUAUCCCAAGGAAAAAUCACUUAGAGAUGAUGAGAUCUUACAGAAUCUACCCGUUGGGACCAGUGCAACCAUGUACUUCAGAGAUCUUGGUCCACAGUUGGGAUGGACUAUGGUGUUUCUGGCGGAGUGCAUUGGACCCCUUCUCACCUACCUCCUCUUCUAUUUUCGAGUCCCGUACAUUUACUCACACAUAUAUGCCUUUACCUCUAGUCCCCAUCCUGUUGUCAAACUAGCCUGUGCCUGUCAUACCUUCCACUAUAUGAAGAGGUUGAUAGAGACUAUCUUUGUGCAUCGUUUCUCCCAUGGGACCAUGCCUCUCAGGACGAUAGUCAGGAAUUGUGCCUAUUACUGGGGCUUCUCAGCUUGGUUGGCCUACUAUAUCAAUCACCCUCUUUAUACACCUCCAUCAUAUGGAGAACUACAAGUUAACUAUGCAUUAGUCAUAUUUGUGAUGUGUGAACUAGGAAACUUCUCCAUCCACUUGACUCUUAAUAACCUCAGAGGAGAUGGAUCAAGGAGCAGAAAGUUUCCUAUGCCAAAUAAGAAUCCCUUCACAUGGCUAUUUCUCUUUGUAUCCUGUCCGAAUUACACGUAUGAGGUUGGAGCUUGGGUGAGCUUUUCCAUCAUGACCCAGUGUCUGCCAGUGGCUUUGUACACAUUAUUGGGGUUUAUUCAGAUGACCAUCUGGGCCAAAGGGAAGCACAGAGCCUACAGCAGGGAGUUUAAGGACUAUCCCAGCCUGCGGAUGGCCAUUAUCCCCCUGAUUCUCUGAGAGGUCAACUAUUGUAGCAUAUUGUAUUUGGUUCACUAUGCAAGUGUUUUUGACUAAACAAAUGUUUGCUGCUGCUGAGUCCAGAACUAUGCAAGUUUCUUAGAUCAAUAAAUGAACUGACAGUAGUGUGAAUGAAAGCAAUAACAUUAUGGCAAUACACUGGAGCCUUUAAAAAAAAAAGACUUGAAUAACAAUUGAAUUGUCUGUUAAGUUUCAAUAACGGGUUUUAGUUUCAUGCUAGACAUUUGAUUUAACAUUGUGAUGUUAAUAGUUAGUAAUGACAUGAGAUAAAUUUUCAUUGCGGUCAUAUUGUGUAUGCUUUGUUAACUUUGGUUAUACAAAAGAGUCAGAUUUUUGGUAUUUGUCUCUUUCAGGACAAAGGGGGAAAAAAAGGUUAAAAAAUGGCACUUCAGAAUUGUAGCAACCCCUGUUCAACCCAGGGAGUAGUCCUCACUGCAACCUUUUCAAGAAAUUAAUGAAUGCUUUCAUCACUUAUAAAAUUUUCAGGUGAACAAGUCAAGUAAAAGAAAUAAAACAUACUCUAGCUCAUAAUAAAGUGCCUGUGGAAGCAAACUAACACUAACACUAAAAAUGAAAAUGUCAUGGCAUCCAUUUGAGAGUGCAUCAUCACUUUUAAUCUCUCAGCAGGAAUGCUGAUAAAGCAGACAUUUAAUUGUGCUCAUAUUAAGCCUCUCCACUAUACAGUAAAUCUCAGAUUGUCUUCAGAGAAAUAGAAACUGUACUGUACUACUUGCAUUAAUGUGUAGAGGGUUUAUACGGUAGAUAACUGCAGUGGUCCUCUCGUCUUUGCUGUAUAAUCUCAGGUUUUAAUAAACUGUUUUCUAUAAAUGUUAAUGAAUGUGAAUAAUCUUAAGCAAUAAAAUAACAAAAUAUCCACAUGUUAAGGAAAAUGUAACUUUAUUUGACAUGAUGGUCCUUUCAGAAACAUCAUUUUUGUGACAUUGACAGUUUACCAAAGUCGCACAUAUGUAUAUCAUAAAGCGCAAAGAUUCAAAGUAUUUUAAAUUAAAACAUACCAUCAUCACUGAAGACAUUGGUGGCAUGAGAUUAUUACAUAUUAUCGAUAGCAGCAAGAGGAUUUUGUAAAAAUUAUGAUGUGUAUUGCACUAACAAAUUUUUUAGCAGAUUGAACAUAAAAAUAAAAAAAAUGUGCUGCAUCAAUUAACGCUGCAUCAAUAAAGUGCUAAAACUAUGCUUCUCUGAGUGCUUAUUUCACAUAAUCUAAAGAAGGCAAAAUAAAUCAAAGCAAAUCUUGCUUGGCAUCUGAA